UCUGGCUACAUGAACUUCCCUGCCCAGACACCGCAGACAGCAUUGCCAAGGCGGUGGGAAACUGCCGGCAAUGGGCCCACCUUCGCCUCGUCAUGCAAACCGCCCUUAUCAUCAUCAUCAUCGUCCCAUCCACAUCAUUCCAUCGUCUUUUACAGGGUUCAGUUUUCAUUUCUAACCUGUGCAUAUUACUAGACUUGUAUUUAACUUGUUGAUUCCCAUCUACCGCUCCAACUCACAAACCAGUCCCUCCAUGAAUCACCAUUGACUUCAUACAACGAUUAUACAUCAGCCAUAAUGUGUAUUGCCUUAUUCUCCACCGCACAUCCGGAUUACCCUCUCAUCAUCCUCGACAACCGCGAUGAAUUCCUCCGACGACCCACCGAUCGCGCCGACUGGUGGCCCACCCCGCACUCGAACGUCCUCGCAGGCCGGGACCUCGCCCGCCCCACGCACGGCACCUGGAUGGGCGUAACCCGCGAAGGGAAAGUCGCCGUGCUGACCAACUACCGCGAGCAGUCCUCCGACAAGGCUACGGGGCGACUCAGCCGCGGCAUGAUCGUAAACGAGUGGCUGAUAGGGGAACCCGACAGCCCCCGGUCCACACGCGACUUCGUUGAACGCAUGGUAGCCAGCGACGAGGCGCGGUCCGUCGGAGGGUUCAGCCUCGUCUGCGGGUACGUCGACGAGCCGCUCGCCCUAGUCUCCAACCGGUCCGCCACGAUGGAUCACGUUUCGUGGGUGGCGAGCGAGCGGAACCAGACCCUGGGACUCAGCAAUACCACCUUUGACGACCGGUCCUGGCCGAAGAUCCUCGACGGGGAGCGGCUGAUGGGCGAGGCGAUUGCGGCUCAUGUACAGGCCGGCAAGGACGAGGACGAGAACGCCCUCAUCAAUCGCCUGCUGGAGGUGCUCAGUCAUAACAACCUCCCGCAACUUGGCCCCGACGCUACCGCAGAAGACUACCUUCCCUACUUCCGACAGACUAUCCUCGUUCCCCGCAUUGGGGCCCGCGAUACGGUGCCCGCGUCGGCACCGGCGCUGCAAGACGGGCUGGACACCUCGUUCCUGCACGGGCCAUACGGCACGCAGAAGCAGACGGUCAUCCUGGUCGGGGCGGACCGGCGGGUGCGGUAUUUCGAACGAACGCUGUUCGACGGCGACACGAACCCGAUCCCGGCGGGACAGGGGGACCGGUCGUUUGAAUUCGUGGCGACUCGAGAAUGAGUGAUUAUGAGCGACGAUGGAGUUUUGUACAUAGAUGAUGCAUAAUGAACAAGGCGUAUAGACGCGGUAUGACAUAUUAUUUCCCCAAGUACUCCAGUAUUCAUGAUCGAUAAUUUCGAUACCAAGGUCAGUACUACGCUCUGACGAAGACAAUACACUCCCAGCGCACAAGAGGGUUGGGGCAAAUCAGCAUCGACCUGAAAAUGAAAGAUAAGAAAAACGACAAGAAUGUAACGCAAACCAACAAACACUGAGACAAAGACAAUCAACCCGUGACCCACCCCACCUGUCCUAUCCAGCCAAGAUAAUAUCGAGUCAGACGAAGCAAAAGCCGCUCAGACAGAGGUCUACCUACACCACAUGUCUUUUGUUUCCUGCCUCCAUUCCAGUCCGAUCCAAUCCAGCCCAACCUCCCUUCCUAUCCGAUAGGAUCAAAUCAAGCCACUUAACAAGUCACCAUACAACCUACAUACGUAUGAAAUAUGUUAUAUCUCUCGCGUGGCAAACAAGCCGAGCUCUGACCACAACGCCACGCGAAAAUAGACAACCAGGGUGGGGUGGC